AAAACACAGUUUGUUUUGGGUUCAGAGCCAGCUCCCCUCCCAGCCUCUCAGCUGCUGUUUGUUUGUGUUUACAGAGACCAGCAACAUAACUGAGAGAUACACCCUGAUUGAAGAACUGAAAACCUGGACUGAAGCUCAGCAGUACUGUAGAGAACACCACACCGACCUCGUCAGUAUAAAGAACGCCAGUGAAAAUGAAGAAAUAGUGAAGAAAGCACAGGGCAAGCCCUUCUGGAUAGGCCUGUUCAAUGAGCCCUGGAAGUGGUCACACCAGGGGGAUAGCUACACAUUUCACAACUGGAACUAUGGGCAACCAAACAAUCUGGGAGGCAAUCAGAACUGUGUGUUGAUGAGUAAGACUGGUGGAUGGAAUGACUAUGAUUGCAACGAUCAGAACUCCUUCUUCUGCUGUGAGGGCGGCUCCUCUGGUCAGUGUUUCUAUGAAGGAACUGGGAAGACAUGGCAGGAAGCUCAGAGCUACUGCAGAAACCAAGGCAGAGACCUGCCCAGCAUUCAAGACCAGGCCAGGGUUAAUAAGCUUAUAGGUCUUAUACCUUCAACUAGUAACUCGGGUCACUGGAUCGGGCUGUAUCAUGACAAGGAGAACUGGCAGUGGUCCAGUGGAGGUGAUGUCAUCUCCUUCAACUGGGGACGAUACCUCUUCUGUGCUUCAGUCAAUGCGGAGGGAGAGUGGGAGGAUUCACUCUGCAGUCAGAGUAACUAUUUCAUGUGCUACAGCGAUAAGAUGGCAAUAGCAAGGGUCAAACUAAACGUACCCGAAGGAGUGAAUCUUGAAGACCCUAAAGUGAGUGAAGCCAUUUUAGAGCAGAUUCGGGAGCAUCUCUCCAAGAACUUUCCAAUGGACGGUGUUAAUCUGCGCUGGAGAAAACAAGACGGGAAGAUAUUCCACAAGGAGGAGGAGGAGGAGGAGGAGAAGGAGAAGUACUUCGAGCCGUGA